UUUUGCGGUCACCGGAAGUGGUCUCGCGGCGCAUGCGCAGUGUGGAGGGCAACGCGAGCGGUGCGGAGGAGCAGAAGCGCGAGGAGUUUCUUUAGCUUUAAUUAUUCAACCUAUUAGUUAUAGUGUUUAUGAAUCUGCGCAAUGGCGGGAAUCAAAGCUCUGAUCAGUCUGUCGUUUGGAGGAGCGGUCGGUCUGAUGUUCCUGAUGCUGGGCUGUGCUCUGCCCGUCUAUAAUGCGUACUGGCCUCUGUUCCUGCUCUUCUUCUACAUCCUGGCACCUAUCCCAUACUGCAUCUCUCGCCGCGUGGUGGACGACACAGACUCGGCCAGCAACGCCUGCAAAGAGCUGGCCUUAUUCCUGACCACCGGCAUCGUGGUGUCCGCCUUCGGGCUGCCCAUCAUAUUCGCCCGCGCUGAUGUGAUGGCCUGGGGAGCCUGUGCUCUGGUUCUGACGGGAAACAUCGUGAUCUUCGCCACCAUCCUGGGCUUCUUCCUGGUGUUCGGCUCGAAUGAUGACUUCAGCUGGCAGCAGUGGUGAAGCAGGACUCUUUCCCUCGAUGCAGCGUCCCCGCAGCUCAUCUCACCCUGACAUGAUUGUUUUUAUUUAUAAUUGCCGCCCACUGACAGAAGCAGGAAUCCAGUGCAAUAAUUGUUGAUUUUAGCUCGCUCUGACCUCAGCUAGACGUUCUUUUGUGUCCUUUCUAUGAGUUCUCACUAACCGUUUUUCUGCUGCUUGAUGUCUUUCUGUUACCGGCUUUGCUCUUCAGAGUUUAUUUAUUUGUUCUUGUUUUCUGAUGAUCGUAUUAAACGUGACAUCGUAGACUGACGCA